AUGCGCAAUUGGAGACCCAACAAUCACAAACCGUUUUGGGGUCUCGAGACCAACAAGCGUCAGUCCCUGGUUGAUCUGUUUGAUGGUCAAUUGACCCGGAGCAGACGAGUUCGGCAACAGUUCGUGGGUCACCGGCGUCAACACCGGGUUCACGAUCCGCGAGUACUGGCCAAACCGGCCCAUGUUGAUUGCAAUCAUUGGCUUCUCAGUGUGAGUGGCUCUGAAUUGCUCCAACAAGUUGUUGUCGUUGUACUCCUUUGCCAUACCCACAAACUUGACCACAUCAACGUUCAGACGCGUGGCGAGUUGGUACUUGCUCUCCCAUUCGGCAGAGUCCCACUUGAAAGCGCCAGCAAAGUCGUGGUGCGAACCAAUGAUCUUGGUGUACCGUCUUUUGGAGCUCAAGGUGUCCAGCAAACCGUCAGGCAGCGACAACUCCAAGUCCAGAUAGCCGACUCCCAGCUUGAAUGCCAGCUCGCACAGCUCUUGCACCUUGGCAAAGUCGUCGUCAGGGAACUUUCCGCCCUGGGCCUUGGUUCUCAAGGUGAAGACAAUUGGAAUACUAGUAUGGUUUCUUAA